CAUCUUUCUAUGUUUUAUAUUAGUUUCUAAUUAUAUUUCUAGUCCGGAGAUUCGACCGUUGGAUCACGAGGACCACAACGCGGAAGCGUCUCGUGCAUCUGAUUAUCGUCAAAAGCAAAACUAACAAUUUGGAUUUAAGAUUAUCCUGAGUGCUGUUUUUAAGACAACAACAUACCUUUAUUUAUACUAUAAAGAGGACUUUAACUACUCCGAAAUGUCGUCGGAGGAAUUUGAGAAGCUCCAUGAGAUCUACAAAUCCCUGUUCGAGGAGCUGAAGCUGCUGCCGGAGAAAGCUCUGAGGAGCCAGGGAGAGGAGAGGAAGAGGCUGGUGAGGACCUUCGAUGAGAGGAAGGGGGAGGCUGAGGAAGUGUUAGAGGGAAUGGAUGAAGAGCUGCGGUCCGCUCCGUCCUCCUACAGAAACACCAUGAGCACUAAGCUGCGGAUGUACCACCGAGACCUGGGGAAGCUGCAGAGAGACAUGAAGACCUCCGAUGCUGGAUCCUCCUCACAGGCGGGGGCGGGAAGUCAUCCAGCCAUCUACUCAUCACAGAACCAGCAGAGUACCCACGUUCAGUCCCAGAGAGUGUUGCUGCUGCAGGGCACCGACUCUCUGAGCAACGCGAGUCAGAGCAUCGAGAGAACUCUCCGUAUCGCAGCGGAGACGGAUCAGGUCGGCACUGAUAUCAUCGAGGAGCUCGGAGGCCAGCGGGAGCAGCUGGACCGCGCCAGGAACAAAUUGGUGGAUACCGGAGAGAACCUCAGCAAAAGUAGGAAGAUUCUUCGUGCCAUGUCGCGACGGCUGAUGACCAACAAGCUGCUGUUGGGCGUCAUCAUCAUAAUGGAGCUGGCUAUUCUAGCAGCCGUGGUUUAUCUGAAGUUCUUCCGAUGAUGAGCAAGCCUCCGGACCCAGAGCAGACUCUCUCCCUCUGACUCCCUGCAGCAAUAAUGUGAACUUUUACUCAGCAGGGAUUCUGUCGACAACAAACGGAGAUCUUUGAACUUGUUAAAAGGACCAAAAUCUGCAGAAAUGUGACCUGGGAUUUGCACUUUUUCAUCAGACUGUCAUUACCCUUGAUGCUCUGCAGGGGGAUUUUCUGGAAGUGCGUCAACAGACCCCAGAAGAUGCUCUGCAGGAUUCAAGAUAAAGAUCCUCUGGUGACCUGUGAAGUGUUACUGAUAGACGAUGGUGCAGAAGUGCUGGGAGUUUUAUCAAUCUCUGCAUAGCAUACUUUAUUAUUCUUCCUCCAAACAAUUGCAUUAUGCUUAUUGCUGUCCACUACGGUUUUCCUGCAGUACGACCUCAAAAGUGGGACGUGUAUGCAGUGUGUGUUUAUUAAUCGGCAGUCCUAUUCCUGUGAGCGUGAUAUCUCAAAUACACCUGCAGGAAAAUGUCUUCUAAUUCGGCACAAACAUCCACUUUGAGUCGAGAACGAACGGAUUACAACUCGGUGGAAAAAGGCAAAAGUCCCCGAAGACGUUUUUGCAAUUCAUCACAAAUUCACUCAAAUGUCUAAUAGGAUAAAACGAUGCUGUGAUGGUGUUUCAAAUCUGUAAAUCUAAGCUCCUCCACAAAGAAUCAUGCAAAACCUCCACUUUAUAUCUUGUGUUUAAUGCUCUGAAAUAGGUCAUCCAGCCUGAAAAAAAGCAUAAGUUAACUCUAACUCAAAAUUCACUUUGUGCCAUGAAAUAUUCCUAAAUAAUACCAGUGUUUGAUGAAAUGGCACCAGUUGAUUCUCUGUUUGAAUGGUCACCAUGCCCAGUGUCCCAAUGGUUGUAUUGGGCUUAGUUUUUCCCAGAGAUGUGGAUGAAAUAUGGAAGCUCUUACUAUGUGCUCUGUUCUUAACCGUAAAUAAAGUCGAAUCACUGUAUAAUACAAGAAUCACUAUUUAAAAACCAGUCUGUCCCUAUUCCCCAGUCUGAACGUCAUUAGAGCUAAUGGUUAACCUGAGUCUGCGCUGGUUCUGAAAACAUCCGGCGGAUCUGCAGCAGGUCGGUGCAAACAGCAGCUGUUACUACGCUCCUAAUUCCCAAAUAAUCGCUGAUAAGGUUAUUUUUAAGUGCUGUGUUUUCAAGUGGCACAUCUGCCGCCAUGCUUCCCUUCCGCACGGAUAUCUCGCCUGGCUGGGGUGAUGCCAGACAAACAUGUUGUGAGACUCUGCAGCUGGUGGAGAGAGGAGGGGGAACAUCUGAUUUAUUUUUGGUGCUUUUAUCUGAGACGCUGCCCGUCAUGCCCCUUAAAAAUACAAAAACAAAAACGGUUUCUAGCCUAGUUUUAUAAAAAGACUAAUAUUUUAAGGGUAAUUAAGCAUUUAUUUUUAGGGAAAACUUAACAAAUCAGAUAUUUCUCCGAACAGCAAAGCUCCAAGACUUGUAAACAAAACUCAUUUUAUAUAAACAACUAAAAUGGCCGGAAAUGUAGACAUGGCAAAAAGGACCUAUAAAGUAAAGUAAACGUAAGACAUAAGAGUAAAUUGCAUCUUUACAAAAACAAGGACUAGAACAGAUGAAAUAAAGAAGUCAGAGGUUAUUUAUGGAGUUGUUUGUUGUUUUUAUGAGUGUUUGAGAUGAAAUGAAAAUGUGUUUGAGUGUGUGCAAUGUUCUUAAUUCUUUCGGUAAAUAUAAUGUACUUUUUUCAUCACAGUAGGUCUAGAUGUAUUAAAUGAUAAUUGCACACCAUUA